AAAGCAGGGCGCAGGCGAACGACAAAAGUAGAAUCACUCGCAGCCAGCAAUAAGUGCAGAAAAUAUACAAAAGAAUCGGGGGAAUUCAGAUCGAAAAUUCGCGAGUACCAUUGUUAUACCGAAAAAGUGUAUUGCAAUAAAACGUGCUAUAAAUAUUAAACAAAACAAAUUGUUUAAUAAUUGUACAAUUAAAGUUUUCGCAAGCGCAAGAAAAAACUAACGACAGAACAAAAUGAGUACUGGUGGCAUGGGAGAGAAAAGAAAAUUGUCUACAUCCGGCGAUUCGCUUUAUCAAAUAUUGGGACUUCCUAAAACAGCCACGGCUGAUGACAUUAAGAAGACUUACAGAAAAUUAGCACUGAAAUACCAUCCAGAUAAAAAUCCAAAUAACACUGAAGCCGCCGAUAAGUUCAAGGAAGUAAAUCGAGCUCAUUCCAUAUUGAGCGAUCAGACGAAACGUAAUAUUUACGAUAAUUAUGGUUCAUUAGGUCUAUACAUUGCCGAGCAAUUUGGCGAGGAGAAUGUAAAUGCCUACUUUGUGGUGACAUCGCCAGCGGUGAAGGCGCUUGUUAUUUGCUGCACUAUUUUGACUGGCUGUUGCUGUUGCUGCUGCUGUUGUUGCUGCUGCAACUUCUGCUGUGGCAAAUUUAAGCCACCAGCGAACGAGUCACAUGAUCAGUAUGCACAUUUGAAUCGUGGCGAAGGGGAUAGAGAGCCUAGUGAUAAUUCAACAAAUAGGAUACAGACCACAGCGCAUAAUGAGGACGCCGAUUUGGAUGAUAUUAACUUGGGCGCCGGAACCAAUACCCAGCAACCAGGUCUUGGUGGCGCCGGUGGGCAACCAGCACCAGUUUUCGCGAUGCCACCACCAAACCAACCAACCGUCACUGGCGUGAAUCCAUUUACGGGCGCACCAGUGGCUGCUGCUACAGAGAAUACAUCGCUCAAUGCUACAGAACAGCCGACAUAUACGCCAGAUAUGGUUAAACAAAAAUAUUAGACGCAUCCAACAACAAUAUCAAAAAUCAGUUACAAUAGCGCGAAUCAAAGGCAAAUAAAUUACUUCAUAACAGCGACGCCUCGUCCAUCAACUCCACAUAUUCAACAUACAUAUCGUUAGCUUAGGGUGAAAAGUUGCUAAGUCCAUCUUUUAUGACAACCAACAUUUUGAUACAGGAAACAAGGGAAAUUUAAAAUAAAUACGUCGUUUCCAAAAGGACCGAACUAAUUAUUUUAUUUCUGUUCACUUCUAUUCCGUAAAACGAAUACUUGCUAAGUCC